UACCGGCCCUUCUCUUGUUCGCCCGCGGAACCUUUGAACCGAGUACUCGGGCCAACAGGGGAAGAGCACCGGCGGGGACUUGUCAGGACGAUUUGGAAAGAGGAAAGGAAGAGGAGGAGCGAGGAGCCAUGGCGGCUUUGGUUGCUGUUUGCGGUGGUCUAGGGAGGAAAAAGUUAACGCAUUUCGUCAAGGCUGCUCUCUGCCUCACAGAUCCUGGGACUCACGCGGUGCUGUGGAGAAGUUGUUCACAAUAUAAACAGGUAGCCGGCAAUGAGGACCUGCCCAUUCCAAUGGAAAAUCCUUAUAAGGAGCCUCUUAAAAAAUGUAUCUUGUGUGGAAAACGUGUAGAUUAUAAGAAUGUACAGGUCUUUGUGGGAAGAAACAGAAAGAAAUCACAAAAGCAAUUAAGAGAGCUCAAAUAAUGGGUAAGAGCACCUGAAAAACUGAAUUGGACCAAUCAAAAGUUUGCUCAUUAUCUUUUGUGAAGCACUUUCAUUAUCUUUUACAGGGUUUAUGCCAGUUACAUACAAGGAUCCUGCAUAUCUCAAAGACCCUAAAGUUUGUAACAUCAAGUAUCGGGAAUAAAUUAUAGGAGUCUUAACAUCCAUCAAUAAACAUAUUUUACAAUAAA